CCCGUGUUUCAGUCGGAUUUUGAACAUCGAAGGAGCGUAAUGGGUAGCUAGUCAGGGAGAAGAGAGUGAAGCAAAACAUCGGCCUUUGUCCGCUAUUUAGCGAUUUGUUUUAAACACACACCAGCAGCACCAGCCUUUUUCAACUCCAUUUUUACCAACCAACCGGAAUAGUAGGCAGGAAAGAAAAAAAUCGUGUGCGUGUCUCUCUUCAAGCGCCUCCUACGACGAAGUUUUGCCGAUCUCGAUCCAAGUGUGCGAGUUGUUGCGCGUUUUCUCGACAGUGUGUCCUAGCCCUAGCCUACUUCGAUCGGUCGUCGGAUGAAUCGCCGCGGGUGUCGAGGAGCCAAAAGUCACGGAGUUCUUCGAUGAAGAGAGCAAAGGCGAAAUUUUUUCUCGGCUAAAUCGGAAGAAAAAGUCGCAAAAAGGGGGUAGCAAGACAGAGGAAGAAGAAUAAGAAGAAAGGUCCCUUUUUCCUCAGUCGAUCUCGCUGGUAUCUGGUGGUCGUGUUGCGCGAAUUCCGUGCAGGGAAAGAAGAAGCAGUCAGUCGUGUCAGUGUGUUGGUGUAAGCGCGAUCUCUUCUCUACACUGUCGCACAACGGUAGCUAGCGUUCGUUGUGUGCGUGUGUGUGCCAGUCAGUCGGCCGUUCAGCUCAUCGCAGCAACCGUGGUGUUUUUGUGGCAGAAAUCGGCUCGAUUUCUACGCCGAAUGAAUCGGAUGCAGUCAUCUUGAAUCCCGGAGUGAUCACGUACUCGCUCUUUUUCUCUGCCGUGGAGAAAGAAGAAGUGAAAGAGCCUACUUUGGUUUUUUUUUCGUUCGAAAAAAGUGGAAAAUCGCGUGUGAUUUUUCCGCUCGGGAACUGGUAGGUGAAUGGUGCAUGUCAAAUUCGCUUGCUAGUCCGGUUUUUUCGUCGGGGUGAAAGAUCCAAGUGUGCUGUCGUCGUCGUCGUCGUCGAUUCGGGAGCCCUCUUGUGCCCUCAGCCAGUCCAGUCCAGGGAAAAGCGGCCAACACGACAACAACAACAACAGCAACAAUGGUGGAACGGGUCACGGAGGAUACACCAUCUGAUGCAAAUCUAGAUUUGCGAAACACCCAGGUGGUCCGGUACGGCAGCGAGGAGAUCUCGGGCAAUGACGAGGAGCAUCCUCCCAUGAACGAAGAGGAACGCCAGAAAGCGAUCGAGAUGCAGAAGGAAGGCUCGCGCAAGCGUCGCAGGAAGAAACGUACCAGUUCAUCGUUGCAAUCUACGUGCUUUCAAGAGUUGUACAAGUUGACCGGUGAGGUGCUGGGCGAGGGCGCGUACGCUUCGGUGCAAACCUGCGUCAACAUCUACACGGAGCUGGAGUACGCGGUGAAGAUCAUCGACAAGAUUCCUGGCCACGCGCGGGCCCGCGUCUUUCGCGAGGUCGAAACCUUCCACCAUUGCCAGGGCCACGCAAAUAUCUUGCAGCUAUUGGAAUUUUUCGAGGACGAGGAAAAAUUUUACCUAGUGUUUGAGAAGAUAAAUGGCGGACCGCUGCUGGCCCGCAUCCAGGAGAACGUGUGCUUCUCCGAGUACGACGCUGCGCUGAUCAUCAAGCAGAUCGCGUCCGGGCUGGACUUUCUGCACAAGAAGGGCAUCGCCCACCGGGACCUGAAGCCGGAGAACAUCCUGUGCGUGUACCCGGACAAGCUCUGCCCGAUCAAGAUCUGUGAUUUCGAUCUCGGUUCCGGGAUCAAGUUCACCACCAACAUCUCGUCGCCAACGGCCACCCCGCAACUGUUGACACCGGUCGGAAGCGCAGAGUUUAUGGCCCCAGAGGUGGUGGACUUGUUCGUCGGCGAGUCGAACUACUACGACAAGCGUUGUGAUUUGUGGUCACUGGGCGUGAUUGCGUACAUCUUGCUGUGCGGAUAUCCGCCCUUCUCCGGCAACUGCGAGCAGGACUGCGGUUGGAAUCGGGGCGAGAACUGUCGUACCUGUCAAGAGCUACUGUUUGAAUCGAUCCAGGAGGGUCGGUUUAGCUUCCCAGAAAACGAUUGGAUAGAUGUUAGUGAAGAGGCUAAAGACUUAAUCCGUGGACUGCUGGUCAAGGAGGCGCCCAAGCGUCUCAGCGCCGCCGCGGUGCUCAACCAUCCAUGGAUUAAAAUUACCGAUGAAGGUGAUUGCAUCGAUGGCGUCAAUUCCGAUGCAAUCAAGGAUAAGCAGCGCCGACGAGUAUUGAAGACACCGGGUAUAAUCCGGCGCAAUCAAUCGGCACGAGAGCUGUCGCACUUUGCCGAAUCUGCGAUGGCCGUGAAGCGUGUCAUUUUGCAGCAUUUUUCGAUGCGCUACGACUACAUGGCCAAGGAGCGGCCCAACAUUUACCAGCCUUCCGUGCAGCAGCAACAACAGUCGGAAGUCGUAGCUCCGAAGAAAAAUGCCACCCUAGAACAGCCAACGUCACCCACGCAGUCUCCUGCGGCCGGAUCCGUGGAGAGUGGCAUCACGGACCAGGCCCCGGAGAGGGUCACGUUGGAAGUGGUGGUUCGAACCGAACCACAACCGUGUCCACCGUCGUCUGCCCGAUCGAGUGUUAUCAAGGUGGUGCAGACCGGUGGUGGUGAUCGGUACAAAUCGGUCGAUGCGGAUGACGACGGUGAUUCCCUAUCAUCCUCUCCAUCUUCAUCGCCGUCGUCAGUGUCAUCGACGUCAUCAUCAACGUCAUCCUCAUCAUCAUCAUCAACCACUGACGGAAAUCAUCAUCGCUGUGAUGGAGAUGCUGUAGUUUAUAUCAGCAUCCGGAAGUCAUCUUCGGCGUCCACGUUGACACCGGACGCAUCGCCGAAUUCGAUGACUUUGUCCCCAAUUGCCACCGCCACUAGUCAUCAUCAAGGUGUCAAUGGGCUUUCAUCAUCGAUAAGCCCACCCACUUCGACCACAAAUUGUGGUUCCGCCAACAAGGAAUAUAAUUCCGACAAGCCUUCAGUACAACAACAGCAACCCCAACAGCAGCAGCAGCAGCCGUCGAAACCGCUGGAUGUGAUCAAGGAGAAGAAUGCUCCUCCGUCCAUAACUUCCAGCUCCGUUGCAAUUUCCCCGGAGCAAAACUGGCGAUACCGUGGUGCCGAUACUGACGCUCAGAAGUUCAAACAUCCGUCUUCGAUACUCGGUCCGAGUUACAACAAUUCCGCCAAGGCACGCUACCACCAUCAGCAGCAGCAGCAGUAUCGCAAUUUUGGCUCGUACAACAACUACUACAACAAUCACCACCACAACAACCACACCAACAAUCAGCACCAUUUUUACAACUACAACCAGUACCGUAGUGGCAGUGGCAGUGGCAGUAACGGAACGGCUGGCAAUGGAAAAACAACAUCCUAUUACCGCCAGCAACCGAAGAGCAAUAACGAAAAGUCCGGUAACAUCGACAUCCGUUGCCAGCCGCAUCCCCAGCAGCAGUACUGGCGAAGCCGCCGGAACAACCACUACCACAACAACGAUGAUGAUGACGAGCUGGUGGCCGAUGGAUCGUCAUCCUAUCGUCACAGCAAUGGCUACACUAGCAACAACGCUCGGUUACAAUCGGCCAUUUCGGAUGCGUCGGGUAACAUCCAUGGCACAUCAACCAACAACAAUCCUAAUCACCAUCAGUACAAUCGCGGAGGAGGAGCCACCAUCUAUCGGGUUAGCAACGCCUAUGGUGGCGUCUAUCGCCAGCCACAGCAUCAGUCUCGUCAUCAAAGUGAGCUGGUUGACGAGUACACCAACGGCGGUGGAAAAACAGAGUUAGUAAUAGUAGGCGGCGGAGUAGGAGGAGGGCGUAUGCCAACACAAAAUAGAAAUACUUUGAACUGUGAUCCAAUAACAAAUAAUACUACUAAUAAGUAUAAGCAUUAUCAUACAAACUCAAACACAAUUGUUACCGCACUGAAGCGAGAGACGUUGAACGGCUACCAAUCGAUGAUGAACCAGCUGCGCAUCAGCGACCUGUGCGACGACUACGGCUACCAUGGCAACAACGGCGUUAUGACGGUCGGCCUGUCGCCGCCGAACGAAUCCCUGCUGAUGCAGCGACGUCUCUCGCUCAAAUCGCGCAGCAUUUGCAGCCCAUUGGAAGCGGCGGUGGAUUCCAUAGAGCAGGAACAGCAACAACAAAAGUACCGAUACCAACAACAGCAGCAACAACAACAUCUUCAACGCCAAACGCCAAGUAUGGUAAUCACGACAAAAAGUGGUUGAACCGUUUGCUAGAAACACAAACAACAAAAGGAUUCCCUCCCCCUUUCCUUUUUCGUUUCCCUUUGAUUUCUUUUCUGUUAUUUCCUCAUCCCCUAUCCCCUUCAACCGUUGCUGCCGGCUUUUCCCAUAGAUUUCUUUCUCUUUUUUGACAGUUUUUUUUGUUUCACCCUCUUUUUUGUGAACCUUGGCACGGCUUACUGCGAUGCGACUACACUUCUUCCUGUUACUUUUCCUUCCGUGUUGCAUUCGCAUGUUUCCGACAAGAAAAAAGAAGCUUUGUAAUCUUCCUCUCUUUUUAACCACGCAAAAUCUUAGAUCUUCUUCUAUCAUUUUUUUUUAUUACGAACAAAAGGUAGAAACCUUUGCAGGAUAAAGGCUUCAAGAAACGCGUAAGAAUGGAAACAAUUCCCUAACGAGAACCAAUUGUUUAGAAAUUAGCAUCAUUUUGCGCUAUGUUAUUUUUGUAUGUGUGUAGAGUGUCAUCGGAACGAUGGAAACGAAAAACCCCAAGGUGGCAAAUUGUAGAAAUAUAUUUUUUGGAGAACGUUUGAAAUUUCGAUGAAUUAGUUGUGUUUUUUAAGAGAACCGGAUACUGCUGGCGAAAGGAGGCAACUCUGGCACUAGGAGAUCAAUUAUGGUCGUCAACACUUUUUAUUUGAACUUUGUUGUCUAAUGUAUAGGUUAACACCAUUGUUUUUUUUAGUAACACACCCUAUUCAGGGAACACUCGAUGAAAUACUAACUUUUCACAGUAGAGUUCGCGGGAGAGAGAGGAUAGAAGACAGAUACAGGUAAAGAAUAUGAUUCUUUAAACACACAAAUGUAAAAGUUUUAAGCCUUAAGCGAUAUCUGUUAUAAAUUUGUACGCCAUUCUGUUGAGGACCAAAGCAGCACAGGUUAGAGACACGCCGCCGAAAAGAAGCGUUCAGCGAUGUUAAGUUGAUAAGUGUUACUUUAGGAAGGAACUCACCUACUUAAGCCCAGUGAGUGAACCAACAACAUCUACACAAAUUCCUUAGGUUAGGUUUAAGCAAGCACGAAAUCCGGAACUAUGCGAGAUGGCUCUUGUUUGUAACUGUGAACCGUUGAUUUUAUUGGUUUCCAAAUGUGAUUAAGAAAGCAGAAUAUACACGUUGCGAUGUGCGACAACGAGGAAAAAAUGGCUUGAGAACGUUAAUUGCGAGCAUAUCCAGCUUUAUUUAGGGGUAAAUGAAGGGAAGUGUACUGUUUAGAAGGGUAACAAGGCCUGAUGGUAGUCAUCGAUGAGUGUAUCUGUGAAUAAAUCCUGUGCGCUUCAGCAUGAUCUUCGUUCUUUUUGGUGUCAUACACACGUAACUGCAGUAUGUUACCCGGACGCAGGGUUGUAAAAUGUCAAAAAAAUUUGAUUUUUUGCCAUUUUCACUGCUUCUAGUGAGAAAUAUUUAUCGAAGAUAUCGUUAUUGUAGCAUAACUAACCAGCAUUAUUGAAGGUGUGUGUUUGCGGAUGAAAAUUUUCACUGGAAGUGGUAGAACUGGAAAAUGUCAUGACAUUUUUUCCGUUACAUUUCCGUGACAUUUCACAACCCUGCCCGGACGUAAUAUACUUGGAUCUAUGGCAUGUUGGUCAAAAACAAACAAUUAUGGCGACCGUAACUGCCUAUAAACAGACCUUUAAACCAAAAAGAAACCCAGUGAAAUUGAAAAUGUCGUUCAUAAACAAGUUACGUGCGUGUGAUUCCAAUAUACAACGAUAGUUAGGACUUCCUCAUUAAUUUCAGUGUCAGAUCUUUGUCUCCCCUAACUUUCAGGGGGCACGCCUUUGUAAAAAGUACAACACUUCCAAAAAAAACCGCUAAACCUAUACGUGGUUUCGACUAUCCCGAACCUUACCAAGAACUCCAAUUCCAUACCACGGAUUCGGAUCGAUAGAGGGAUCGACCGCAGAACACCGGUAUGACCUGCGUAGCUGACUUCCAAAUCGCGAGGCAACCUUCUGGAUGCGACUGACCUAUUGACUCCCGAUUCCACGCGUCACCUCUGCAGUUCCGAGACGAUGUGUACGAUAGCGAACGAAACAGCAUUCUGUCCUAAAACAACAACUUUGGACAAAAUUGUCCGGAAUCGUGCCUUCACCACAUCUUUGGCCGUAGGGGAUCUUCACGACUGCAACCGUCCUCUGCCCUCUCUGCCCUCUCUGUCAUAGACGAAUGAAUAGAUUUAGUGCAUCGAUCUCAGACUGCUGUUUCUCGGCGUCGAUAAUCUCGUUCAAGUUUUUACACUGGAGACUCGCCUCCAUCGUCAGGACUCUGACCUGCCCUUUCUCGCUCAGGACCUCUUGGGCUAGUGCCCCCAGCGACGAGAAUUGAGCAUCUCAGCGUAUGUAUCCGCCUCGGUCUUAAGAACCAACGCGUCGCCCCUACAGUUUCAGCAGACAUUGCCUAAGGUCGAUGUUGCUUAUGUUGUGUAGCCGAUCAACUCGUCGAGUUCGACGACUAUCAUGACCAUAACUUUCGAUAGCCCACUCCUGUUGCGGUUCAUGGUCUGCGUGAGGCAUGCGCCACUGAUCUGCGCUUCCUCUGCUGGCGCUGAACCGCCACGCGCUGCUCUAGACUGUUCACUGGGAGUUCCUAGGAAUCCAUCUAGGGUUUCCGCGGCUGUUACCUACGUCAGACAUCACCAGACCGAAGUCUUUCUCCACUACUCGUAGAAUCGUGUUCUACAGGUGGAGUUGGAUAACACGGCUCAACGCAGCAAGGGAUUUUCCCCGCUUAGAUAAGUCUUCUUUCUCCUUGUUUUACUACGCAAGAUCGAGCUAUGUCCUAUCAACAGAAUACGCCGAAAUCUCACAGAGCCAUUGUCGUAUCG